UGAAAUUUUACAACAAUCUCUUCCCACGGGGACUGUCCCCACCCCGUUUACUCGGAUUUAGCACGGAACCGCACGGCACGGCUCGACUCGCUGCCAGCACGGGCCCUCCUCCAGGGCUGCCCGAGCCGGUGUUUGAUUGGAUUAGAGUGGGCUAGCCUUUGCCCUCUAACCCCGCUGAUGUUGGCUGGCUGCGCUGCUUCCUGCUCGCUCCGCUCCCCCUGACCGACUGACGAAGCCUGUCGAAGCCGCACGGCGAAGCGCCCUGCACGAACACAGUCGACCGGUACGAGCCGCGACACGCAGACAGACCAGAGCGGACCCACGAAACACACCGACAGGCGGACGGAAAAACGAGGCAGCCAUGCGGAGGAAAUCGAGGAUAUUGUUAUGUUUUGCCGUGCUGUGGGUGCUGGGGAUAGCCUACUACUUCUAUUCGGGGACAGCGCUGAGUCGAAAGGAUGAUUGGGGCUCCAAUGACUCGUCCAGUAGGAGCAAAGCCCACAGCUCUGAUGACAAGUCUCACAGCCUGGAGACUCUGCCGCCAGGUAAGGUGCGCUGGCAGGAUUUUGACCAGGAUCUGUACGUUGGCGCCACGGUGGUCCGACCGGGUCAGGAUCCAUAUGCCAGGAACAAGUUCAACCAGGUGGAGAGCGACAAACUCCGCAUGGACAGAGCCGUGCCUGACACAAGACACGACCACUGCAGGCAUAAACAAUGGAAGUCAGACCUACCGGCCUCCAGUGUCGUCAUCACCUUCCACAAUGAAGCUCGCUCUGCUCUGCUGCGGACUGUGGUCAGUGUCCUGAAGAAAAGCCCUCCUCACUUGGUCAAAGAGAUCAUUCUGGUUGACGACUACAGUGACAACCCGGAGGAUGGAGCGCUGCUGGGGAAGAUAGAAAAAGUGCGUGUGCUGAGAAACGACCGCAGAGAAGGACUGAUGCGUUCAAGGGUUCGUGGUGCAGACGCCGCCAUGGCACCAGUCCUCACCUUCUUGGACUCUCACUGUGAAUGUAAUGACCACUGGCUGGAGCCGCUUCUGGAGAGAGUGGCUGAGGACAAGACCAGAGUAGUUUCUCCCAUCAUCGACGUCAUCAACAUGGACAACUUCCAGUACGUAGGAGCCUCGGCCGAUCUGAAAGGAGGUUUUGACUGGAAUUUGGUCUUUAAAUGGGAUUACAUGACUCUGGAUCAGAGACGAGCCAGACAAGGCAACCCAAUCGCCCCCAUAAAGACUCCGAUGAUAGCAGGGGGUCUGUUUGUCAUGGAUAAGGAAUACUUUGAGCAGCUGGGAAAGUACGACAUGAUGAUGGAUGUGUGGGGAGGAGAAAACCUGGAGAUCUCAUUUCGUGUGUGGCAGUGUGGCGGCAGUCUGGAGAUCAUCCCCUGUAGCAGAGUUGGCCACGUCUUCAGAAAGCAGCACCCAUACACCUUCCCCGGGGGCAGUGGGACUGUGUUUGCCCGGAACACGAGGAGAGCUGCAGAGGUCUGGAUGGAUGAGUAUAAGAACUUUUACUACGCUGCCGUCCCCUCAGCAAGAAAUGUCCCCUACGGAAAUAUCCAGAGUCGUUUGGAGAUGAAGAAGAGAUUAGGCUGCAAGCCAUUCAAAUGGUACCUGGAGAACGUUUACCCUGAACUGCGAGUCCCGGAUCACCAGGACAUAGCGUUUGGAGCCUUGCAGCAGGGAGGAAACUGUCUGGACACCCUGGGUCAUUUUGCUGACGGGGUGGUUGGCGUCUACGAAUGCCACAACGCCGGGGGAAACCAGGAGUGGGCCCUCACCAAGGAUAAGUCAGUCAAACACAUGGACUUGUGUCUGACUGUGGUGGACAGAACGGCAGGCUCGCUCAUCAAACUGCAAGGCUGUCGAGAGAACGACAGCAGACAGAAAUGGGAGCAGAUUGAGUCCAACUCGAAGCUUCGUCACGUAGGCAGUAACCUCUGUCUGGACAGCCGCAGCGCCAGGAUGGGCGGACUCACUGUGGAGGUCUGCAGCCCAAGCCUCAACCAACAGUGGAAGUUCACCCUCAAUUUACAAUCAUAGGGGCGCUACAGACCCUGGGAAGAGUUGGAUAUUGGAUAGAGCCGCCAACAGACUCUGAGACCCACAUAAAGAGAUGGAAAUGGACUCGAGGAGAAAGACAAAACUAGAUGGAUUAAUGGAUCCUUCUCGCUCCUCCUCAGAUGUGCAGCCAGUCAUGUCUAUACACCUCUCCCCCGCCUCACCCCUCCUCAAAAACACAUAGAACCACGCCCAGUGGGGGAGAGGCUUGUAGAUCCUAAUGGAGUAAACAGGAAAGUGACUGUAUUUGCUGGAUGGUUGGUGACGGAGAUGAUCACAAUGAAGAUAAAAGCGAUGAAGAGGCUUUCCAUCCAAACUACAUACCUCAGUGUUUUUUCAUUGAUGGUUCCAGAUGCAAAUGACGAGUGAAUUCUUUCUGUUCUUUUACUUUCUUUAAUGCUGGUGAAACUAGAACUCUUUGACGUUUUUACUUUGUAAUUAUUUUAUUUUCCUAUUAAUAUUUUUUAUUUCUUGCUGUUAAUUCUCCGCGGAGGGUCGCAGGAGCUUUUUUUUUUUUUUUUUUUAAGUUCUCGAAUGAAUCGAUGUUGUUGCUCCCCUCUGGUGCUCUCUCUUUGUUUUUGCUGCACCGAGGUUCUUGUUUUCCAUGAGGUUUGGGUGUCGAGUAAUGUGAAGCGAGAAAAUGGACUCGAUUCUGCGAGCUUUUCCUCUUGUUUUACUCUAAUUGGUUUACAGGAUGAACAGAGAAAAGAGAAGCGAGGUGGUCAGAAGAAAGCUGUGCGUUCUGCUUUUGUUUUCUAUACAGCUUUUCCUACAGAUUGUGUCUUUGGGGAGGGGAAGGGGGUUCAGGGAGGAGCUUUUCUACUUUGGAUGGGGCCUGACACCGGUUUGGCUGAAAGUGCACUUCCUGAAACCAGGAAGUGUCUUGAAGCCCACCCUCAGGAUUUACUGUUUGUCUUCAGGCUGUGGCACUGGCUGCCACGGCAACUUCAGUUCUACACCGUUAUGUCUCUAAAGAAACAAUACACAAAAAUAAUCUGUCUUCUUUUUUUUGUUUACUUUUGUCAAAAAAAAAAAUAGAACCAAAUUUCAAAUGGAAGUUUCGUGUUUCAGGAAUACAAGAGGAGCAAUUAAAAGAGUUUUCUUCACAUGCUCUCGCUGCUCUCUGUGGUGCAGUUCAGUUUAUACAUUUACAUCUUUUCCUGCACAGAUCAUUUCCUCUGCCUGUGUCUGUAUUAACACUGUGGGAAGGUUACUGGAUUUAUUGUUGCAGCUUUCUCUAUAGAGUUAACAGAUGCUGGCUGCAAAAGGAUUGUAUUAUACAUGAUUGAGAUGUUUGCUUCUAUACUUAACGUACCCCUGCCUGCUCUUGCACGGCAAUAGAAGGGAACAGCAGUGCUCGUAUGUGGCUACGAUUCUGAGCUUGACAUCCCUCUGUUUGUCGGCAAAGUAAAACCUUGCUUAUUCCAGCCUGAGAACAGAUGUCACGUGAGAAGAACAGUACUGAAGUAGUCAAACCGUGUGAAAUGUGCAUGCACAUGUGCUCUGCAUGUAUCUCCAACAAGCUCCCACAGUUCCACUGCAUCAGUAGUUCCUUUCCAUCCACAUCUUUGUUUUUCCCUUCGUUGUGCCUGUUAGAUGAGCCAUCUGUUGUGAAGUUUGGAACUACAGUAAACAAGGUUUUACUGUUUGUCCUCACUCUGCUUGUUCAUUUUUCUGAUUGCACACACUCAGUCUCUGCUGAUACAAAAUACAUACAAGAACACUUGUUUAUUUUGGCAAGCUACUUUACUCUUCCAAGGACAUUUUGCUGUCAGCAGACAGCAUCGUGCCACUGUUUUUUGUUUCCUGAUAGUGUUAUUGGCUCCCAUGUCCAGCACACGAGUCUGUUUGUUGCGCAUCUUUUGCAACGCUAGUCUCCCGGGCUUCAACAUGGGUUCAUCUUAACUGCUAUGAUCCUCUGUUCGUUUAGUCACUGAUGAGUAAUGAUGGCACCGUUUGGGGAAAUUGGUUUUGAUUAAAUUUUGGAGUGACUCAUCACUUGGCAGCUUCAAGGCAACCAUAUUAACACAAAACAUCUUUGAGCAGAUAUAUUGUACAGUAGAAAUGGCCCAGAAGAUCACAUUUCCUGUUUCAUAGUUUAUUCUAGAAAGCAGCUGCAGCCUCAAGUGUUCUUUAAUGUCACAUAUCCUCUCUGUUUCUCAAUAUUUCUCUUGCACAUUCACGCCUUCACUUUUAAAUACUCCUGAGAUCUUUUGUUGUGCUUUAUUUUGCUGAGUUAUAGAAACUGACAAAGACAGUUGGUCAUGUUUGCUGUGUUGGCUGACACUUUCCCAUCCUCUGUUCCAUCACUUUUGCUUCUUUUCUGCCAUUUUGUUCCUGGCACCUGGGGUUUGCCUUUGCCCUAUACAUUCAUGCACCUGCAAAGCAGAGUGAGUGGAGAAGGUCAGCUGAAACAGCAGCUGGUUUAAAAGCCUAUCCUGUGACUUGAUAGGUUACUGCAUUGUGCUGCGAGGCUCUGGAACCUGCUUGCUGUGAGGAAAGUUUUGUGUUGUCUUGGUGACCAGACUCAAGGGCCCAAAUCUGGUUUAAGGUUUCAGUUAGAGUUCAUGCUAAUCAGGAGGUGGAUUUCACUGAUAAAUACUGGAAAAGGUGUGUUUUUUGCCAUUCUGCAAAAAAAAUAUGAAACAUUUUCAGUCGUCUUAAUUUCUUAUGAAUGUUUGCAAAUCAAUAAUUGUAAUCCUGAAGAGCUGAUUGGAAUUUAAGUUGUAAUUAAUGGUCCUCAAUUGUGCAUCCAAACAUAUCUGCAGUCAGCUCAGAGGCUUUGGUGGAGUACACGAUGCUAUGAUGUAUUUUUCAUGGUUUUCAGGAAUGCUGCCAUCAAUCCACACAUGUCGUGUUUUUGUUUCUGGUCUGAAGUUUGUGAUUUCUUCUGAUAAGUUUGCUGCAGGUACUAUCAUUUUUUAAUCAAUUAUUUCUCUACAUCUCCUUCAUAUGGGUGAUCAAAAGUGUCCCAGGUCUAGUAAUGAGCAUGGUGCCACCUCCUAAUUUUGUCAUUCUGACAUCAAACUGUGCAACAUGAGCACGGCAAUUCUCAAGCAUCAACAUUUGUCAUCAAAUGUUGAUGCUUACAUGUUGUUCACUGAGGGAUAUGGAGACCUUCAAACUAGAAGGUCAAAGUAUUUGGCCCUUUGUUCUUGUCAGUGAGGGUGACAUGUUUUUAGUGGAGUAUAGCGCCCUCUAUGGUCACACUUCUUGUAGACAACAAGUAGCGAACUCGAAAAGGAAAGAAAAGGGGGCUCAAGGUAGUAAACGUCUGAUGCACAAAGCACCAUUCAAGAAUUGCAGACUGAUGUUCUUAAUCACAUUUUCUUUGUUUCUUUCCUUUGUUUCUAAACUGUUGAUUCAGCCAGGCAGUGGAAACUGAACAGACAUGAGAACCAAACUGCACACACCAGAGUGACCAUGGCAGUACUGUCCGCUCCAGCAGCUCACACGUGUUGUUUGAAGCCUUUUCUUUUUCUUAGUCUUAUUCUGGUGACGAUGAAAAGAUUGCUAUUUUAUUUUUUAUUAUUUUUAAUGUUAUUCACAGAGAAAAUGUAAUAAUUAAGUAGUCCAGCGCUUCAUUUUGAUUGGAUGAUGAAAUGUUUACAUCUUUAGCACAAUGUGCCAAAGUUCCCUUCUUAUUUUCUCUGUAUGAGGAAGAAUGAGAAGAGGUAAAAGUCUUUUGAAAUACAGAAUGAGUCGCAGAGAACUCACAUGUGCACAUUCGCCUACAGUAUGUUGUGUAUCUCAUUGUUCUUCCCAGUCUCAGUUCGACCUGUAGGACACACCGGGGGCAGGACGGCUCUUAGCUGCUGAUCUGGUGUCAGUUUUGUCUGUUGAGGAAAUGUGUGUGUGUGUGUACACUUUGGAAAUGACUAAAAGCAUCAUUCCAAAGAGAGGGAAUGUCAAUGUUGCAGACAGACAGAUAUCUUUAUUAGCGUUAAAAGGGGGACAUUUUACUGAACACCCGUCAGUCAACAAGAGCGUCUUCGCCAGUGAGCCAGACUUUGUUCAUACUCACUGUGUUUUUGGGGGGAAACGAUCAGCGGGUUUAUUGGACAGAGUUUAACAAGAGAGGGCGCAUAAAGGUCAAGCUUUGUGUUCUCUCAGCUUUUCCCUUAAACAGAGACACGAGUUGUGUCAUGAUUUGUCCUAACAAGAGGGGAUGUCUUUCCCCUUCAGACCACCUCAAAUCCUCUCUUAGGAUUAACAGGAGAAGAGCCCUCUCUGAUAUGUGAAAAGCCCCGCUGAGACAUCCAGCUCAGGACUGCUUAAGCUUCUCCAUCUUUUGCUACAAGUGUGUGUGUGUGUAUGUGUGUGUGUGUGAGUCAGGGCACAAGAGGGGCUUAACAUGCACAUAAGACACUAUACUGUACAAGUCUCAUCAACCAGUAAUGACCGAUAAAAGAUGUGUCAACAGGGAAGGACAUGAACUAACGGGGUAAUAAUGUGGUUUCAUGAAAUGAUAGUGGUGGGUGAUGUGGCACGAGGGGGUCACAUGUGUAAAAGUGUAUAUUUUUGUAUAUACCUACAUCAGUGUGUGUACAGUAUGUACAUAUAUACACAGUGUACUCAGCCGCGGUUCCUAGUUUUGUUGUCAGACUGUACAGCGCUUCUAACUGUUUCCUGUUUUAUAGAUACUGCAGAAAUUCAACUUUGAAUGAGGAGAAAUGAUUAACUUAAAUAAAUGCAUUUAUAUAUA